GCUCUGAAGCAUCCCAUCAAGGUUGGGAAGCGUCUCACCAGCAAGGCUCAGGAUGCCCUGGAAGGAGUUGUUCUCAGUCCCCAGCUGGAAGCACGUGUGAGAGACAUUGCCAUAGCAACGAGAAACACAAAAAGGAACAAAAGCCUCUACAGGAAUAUCCUGAUGUAUGGGCCCCCUGGCACUGGGAAAACUCUUUUUGCCAAGAAGCUGGCCGUGCACUCGGGCAUGGACUACGCCAUCAUGACCGGAGGGGACGUGGCCCCCAUGGGCAGGGACGGGGUCACAGCCAUGCACAAACUCUUUGACUGGGCCAACACCAGCAGGAGAGGCCUCCUGCUCUUCGUGGACGAGGCCGAUGCAUUCCUGAGGAAAAGGGCCACGGAGAAAAUCAGUGAAGAUCUCAGAGCAACUCUCAAUGCAUUUCUGCACAGAACAGGGCAGCACAGCAACAAGUUUAUGCUUGUUUUAGCAAGCAACCAGCCGGAGCAGUUUGACUGGGCCAUCAAUGACAGGAUAGAUGAGAUGGUGAACUUCGAGCUGCCCCGGCUGGAGGAGCGCGAGCGCCUCGUCAGGAUGUACUUCGACCAGCACGUGCUGAAGCCAGCCACAGAGGGCAAGCACACCGGCAGAAGAUGGAGUGGCUGCAGACAGAAGGUGCAGAAGCAAACAGAGAGACUGCCAGGAACCCCCUGCUGCCCUUCCACCAAGGGACACCGGUGUGAGGAGCCUGCAGGAUUCACCUGAGCACAGAGAAAAAGGCAAAGGUUUGGUGGGGCGGCCGUGGAGAGCAGCCCGUGGUGCCAGGGAGGGGCUGCCCUGGGUCUCCAGUGCAAGAGCAGAAAAACAAAAUGGGUUCAAAAGGAAGAAAUAACUGGAUUUAUUAAAGGAACCCUUGGUGAAACACCA